AUGCCUCUCAUUAAAGAUCAAUUAUCAUUCCGAAUAGGUCUCCUACCAGGAGACGCACACGGCUCGCAACUUGCAUCAUGCGCUGAACAAAUCUUGCAUUUGAUCGAACACGUUAGGCCAGAUGUCGCAUUCCAAAUAUCCCGACACGAUUUCGGAGGCGUGGCGUUAGCAGCUGGGCAUCUGAGCGCCCUGCCGACCUCCACACUGGAAGCAUGCCGCCAAUCCGAUGCUUCCAUCGUGUGUGCCUGCGGUGAUUCAAAGUACGGCAUUGAGCCGGAAAACGGAUUGCUGGCACUUCGACGAGAACUCGGACUCUUCGCCAAUAUUAGACCUGUCAAGUUUCCGUCUGACUCGCUUACACCACUCAGCUCUUAUAAGCCAGAGUCAGUCGAAGGUCUUGAUAUCACGUUCUUCCGAGACUUGACGGGUGGUGCUUACUAUGGAGAGAAGCAAGAAGCGGGAGAGGAUGGUGAAUCAUACGACACCACUAGCUACUCUCGCUCAACCAUUGAGAGAUUGGCAAGGCUAGCUGGCACAUAUGCUAUGCAUUUCAACCCACCAAAGCGAGUUCACUCGGUCGACAAGGCAAAUGUCAUGGCGACUUCACGAUUAUGGAGAUCUGUUGUCACGGAGGUCUUCAGCAAUGAGUACCCUCAGGUUCAGUUGGACCAUGUUCUGGUUGACAACGCAGCUAUGAUCUUAUCAUCAGAUCCCCAAAAGAUCAACGGAAUAAUCCUGACGGAAAACAUGUUUGGUGAUAUCCUCUCAGAUCAAGCUAGUGGCAUACUCAAGUCGCCAGAUAUCUUGUCAUCAGCCGCUGUAUCCACUAUUUAUGGCAAAGGCAAGGCACCUGGUGUCUUUGAGCCAUUCAACCUCAAACCAAGAGAUGGCGAAGUAAACCCCCUUGGUAUCGUCCAAUCAGUUGGGUUGAUGCUUGAGACGUCUCUUGGUUUGAAGGCUGAAGCUACGGCCUUAUCAAAAGCUGUUCGGCGAACUCUCGAUCCCAUUGAUCAAGUUGGAUCUGACACGAGGACGACUGACCUAGGUGGUACAGCUUCACCAAAGGUGUUCAUGGAUACCCUUUUACAUAAUUUUGACUACUACUUGGAGGCUCUGAACUCAGCCGACACUGCAUCUUUCCCGGUAUCUAUCUCGACACCAUUAUCACCACAAAGCAGCACAAGCGCCCGACCUAUGGGAGUCAUUGAGAAGAUCUUGACGCAUGCUGGCAUUGGUCUGACCAAGCCAUAUGUCGAGACAGGAGAUAUGAUCUGCGUCAAGGUCGAUUGGACGCUCACAUCCGAACUCCUCUGGGGCGGCAUGGAGAAGACUUACAACCAGAUGGGACGACCUCGUCCAUUCCGUAACGAUCGUCUCUGGCUUGCAGUAGACCAUACCGUGGACCCACGCACAAACCAUCAGCCUCGUCAAAAGGGUCUCAUCGCCAAAGCAGAGCGCUUCAGACGAGAGGCCAAGAUCAUCGACUUUCUUCCCGCCAAUACGAGCAUUAUGCACACUGAUUUCACUCGUGAACGUGCUCAACCUGGUCGCGUCGUUGUUGGAAGUGACUCACACACCUGUUCAGCUGGGAGUAUGGGCUCUUUCGCUGUCGGGUUUGGAGCAGCUGAUGUCGUCAUGCCCAUGGUCACUGGUGAGACCUGGUUCCGCGUGCCUGAAGUUUGCAGGAUCAAUUUCGUCGGAAAACUUCCUUUUCGAGUUGGUGGCAAAGAUGUCAUUCUACAUAUCCUGGGUCUCUUUAAACGCAACACUAUUGCAUUUCAGCGAGCUGUUGAGUAUGGCGGCCCCGGUCUCAAGGAGUUAUCUAUGGAUGCUCGUUUCGCCAUUGCAAACAUGACAACCGAGUUUGGGGGUAUGGGUACUUGCUUCGAGGCUGAUGAAGAGACUUCAGCUUGGAUCUCACGUCGAAAACUCCCCGAGCAUCGCGAAGGUGGCCUUUUCUUCCGUGCAGACCCAGACGCUCAAUAUGUCGAUGUCAAGACUAUUGAUCUCUCAGAAGUCCGCUUGACCAUGGCGCUGCAUCCGAAUCCCGAUGAUGUUGUUCCAAUUCAUGAAAAGGCCGGUAUGAAGCUUGAUGGAUGCUUCAUCGGUGCCUGCACAACAACCGAAGAGGACCUCAUCGUCGGCGCUUUGGUGCUUGAGGCUGGGUUGUACGCGGGUAUGCGGCCAUCUCGACACGGAAAACGCCGCGUCACGCCAGGAAGCUUAAUCAUCAUUAAGAACCUCGACAAGCAUGGUCUGUUGGAUAUUUAUAGACAAGCUGGCUUUGAGGUUGGCGCACCUGGCUGCUCCUACUGUGUUGGGAUCAAUGAUGUUGAUGUCGCUGGCGAAGGAGAGGUUUGGCUGUCCUCUCAAAACCGUAACUUCAGAAACAGAAUGGGGAAAGGAAGUUUCGGCAACAUUACUUGCGCGGCUGCUGUAGCUGCCUCAAGCUUUGACAUGGUUGUCACGGAUCCCAAGUUCCUGCUUGAUCAGUUGGAUAGUGCGAAGCUUGAGAGGCUUGUCAGUGGAGGGAGAUCCAGUGGGCCCCAACCAGUAUUAAGGAUUAGCGAACCGAGACCCGAGAUGUCAUCGAACUCUGUAUCCGUACUCCUCAGCAGCAGCGAGUCUCAUGUUAGAGCAACUACUCCGAGGAUCAUUCGAUCAAAGGUGCAGCGAUUUGGAGAAAAUGUUGAUACCGACAGUGAUGCAAUCAUCCCUGCUGAGUUCAUGCCAGGAGUUGACAAUGCUGAUCUGGGAAGCCACUGCUUCCAGUACUUCCGCCCAGAGUUCAGGGACAAGGUCACGAACGGUUCAACAAUAAUUCUGAAGUUGAGGAAGCUCUGGUCGAGUCUGGCGGUGUUCUUCCGUUAUAUAGCAAGCUUGGGAAAGGAGUAUUUCGACAUCUAA